ACCGUAGAAACAGGAAGUGAACCAAAACAAAGGAGCGGCGGCCGGGCGCGGACUUAGUCACCUUGUCUCCCUUCCGCGGACAUCUCGGCCCCGGACGCCAACCCCAAGGAGCCGUCCGAGUAUGUCCAACAUGGAGAAACACCUGUUCAACCUAAAGUUCGCGGCCAAAGAACUGAGCCGGAGUGCCAAAAAAUGCGAUAAGGAGGAAAAGGCCGAAAAGGCCAAAAUUAAAAAGGCCAUUCAGAAGGGCAACAUGGAAGUUGCGAGGAUACAUGCCGAAAAUGCCAUCCGCCAGAAGAACCAGGCGGUGAAUUUCUUGAGGAUGAGUGCGCGCGUCGAUGCGGUGGCUGCCAGAGUCCAAACGGCAGUGACGAUGGGCAAGGUGACCAAGUCGAUGGCCGGUGUGGUUAAGUCGAUGGAUGCGACGUUGAAGACCAUGAAUCUGGAGAAGAUCUCUGCCUUAAUGGACAAAUUCGAGCACCAGUUUGAGACGCUGGACGUCCAGACGCAGCAAAUGGAAGAUACGAUGAGCAGCACGACGACGCUGACCACUCCCCAGAACCAAGUGGAUAUGCUGCUCCAGGAAAUGGCAGAUGAGGCAGGCCUCGACCUCAACAUGGAGCUGCCUCAGGGCCAGACCGGCUCCGUGGGCACGAGCGUGGCCUCGGCCGAGCAGGAUGAACUGUCCCAGAGACUGGCCCGCCUUCGGGAUCAAGUGUGAUGUGAUAGCAGAACGCACUGUGAGGUGUCCUGGCCGUAGCCCCCUUUUGGAAUGCUCUCUAUGUACUGGAAAGAUACUCUGCCCUAGAAGCUCUGAACGUGCCAGAACGCUGAAAUGCCCUUCUACCUUUGGAUUUACAGCCCUCUUCAGACACAUUAAGAAAUUCCAGUCUUUCUCCACUCCUAACCGGAUUUUAAAGUUCUGUAUAGCUUGUGAUGAUGUGUAUUUUUAUAGCUGCCUUUUAACAGAACUAGUUGAUUUGGUAUAUACGAAUCUUUCUCGAAAAUUUGGUCAAAGCUCUAGUUCCCAUGUAUUGUUUUCUGCUGAGAAUUAUCAAACUGAAGGUGGUUGGCUUUUGGGUUUUUUUUUUAAUUUAGUGUGAUUCAUUUAGAAUGACAGGUGGUGCAGAAAAGUUAAAGCAGGGGAAAUGAUUACUUAGUUUGGUUACCCAGCUAUAAACACCUCUUUCAGUUUAUUCAAUGUACAGUGCUAUUUUUGUAUGUCGUGGUUUUUGUCAUCUAAGUGAUACUACAAUUGACUAUUAAUGUGUAGACAUAACUUAUACUAAAACUUUCUUAGGACAUUUUUUCGUAAUAUUCUGUUACUGUUUACAUUCUAUAAAUUUUUCAUGUGAUAAUUGUCUUUGUGUGACUGGGGAAAAUGCAACAUAACUUCCUUAUUAGGAAAAGUUAAAUUUGUUUAUUCAUGUAUUCUGUUUAUUAGAGUUUUUAAAACGACUUCUGUUUAACAUUGGCAAUUUCUUUCAAACGAACCUCUCUAACACAUUUCUAGUUAUUUUCCUAUUUCAACACUUUAAUUAGACUUCUUAUAAAUUACAUUAAUUAUCAUGGCAGUCACAUUAUUCACUCUGACGUUGCUAAAGAACUGUUGAUUGGUUUGGGGAGAGAACCUGCGGCUGUGUGACAGUAGGUUUUGUUUUGAUUUUAACAACCAAAAAUAGAAAUAAAAUUAGCACUGCAUUUUAAGUUCUAAUAA